AUGUCUUACCAAGCAAUUGUCUCGAAGAUUCACUGUCCUUAUCCAUCAUUGCGGGGUCACUUCCGUUACUACAUAUCAACACUUCCCUCUCCCACCACCACCACAAAGAACUUCAAGUUAUACUCAAGAUGGAUCGCCCAGUCGGACCCCCCCGUUGAAGUCAAACAAGCCGUUCCACCACCCACCACCCCAAUCAUAGGUCACUGCGUCCAACUCGAACCAUUAACCCCGGACCACAUCGACGGUCUCUACCCCAUAAUCGGACAACCCGAACAAUCCACUCUAUGGACCUACAUCCCCAAAGGCCCCUUCACCGACAAAGCCUCCUUCACAGAAGCAAUAACAUCCUUCUCCACCUCCAAAGAUCCAUUCUUCUACGCCAUCAUCGACAAAACCACCAAAAAACCAAUUGGCUUCUUCAGCCUGCUCCGCAUCGACCUCACAAACCGCGUCAUUGAAAUCGGCUUCAUUGUUUUCUCCCCUCUUCUUCAGCGGACCACCGCUGCCACGGAGGCGGUGUAUCUUCUAGCGAAGACGGUCUUUGAGGAUUUGGGGUAUCGUCGGUUUGAGUGGAAGUGUGAUAAUCUUAAUGCGCCUUCUAAGAAGGCAGCGUUGCGGUUCGGGUUUACGGCUGAGGGGGUGUUUAGGCAGCAUUUGAUUGUUAAGGGGCGGAAUCGGGAUACAGCUUGGUUUUCGAUUUUGGAUUCUGAGUGGCCCGUGGUUAAGAAGGCGUUUGAGAAGUGGUUGGAUCCGGGUAAUUUUGAUGCUGAAGGGAAGCAGGUAGCCUCCCUAGUUGAGUUGAGGGGUCUUUGA